AUGGAAGGCCUAGUUGCUGACGUCCAUCAAGCGUCCAGUCUACUCGAACAACCGCCUCCACCCUCAUUAGCCGAACCCGAAAGACGAUCUCCUUCUUCACAACGAGCUCCUACACCUCCUCCUGCUGUCACAAAUGGCGUCAAGCACGAAGAGAGCGAAAGCGAGCUCAGCGAGCCAGUCGAUCUUCCCGCAGCCUCGCCACUGCCCCGACCCGCCGACAAUCUCACCCCCGAGAUGGACAUCGAUCGCAUGAGCUCGGACGAUGACGAACGUGAUGCGGAGGGUGAUGCCGACUAUGAGAUGGAUGAACCAAGCCAGCAACACCACCCUCGCGACGUCCAAGACCCGUCUCAAGACCUGUCUUCCGAUGACUCCAUCCGCCCAGCGAAGCGGAAAGCGCAGGCAGUGGAUAAUGAUGAAUUCAUGCGGGACAAUCCAGAGCUGUAUGGACUACGUAGAAGCGGUCGCGCUCGCCCUACUACGACACUGGCAGAAUCUUCGGCGGAGGAAGAUGACUCGGAUGUUCCUCGGCGCCCCCGGAAACGCCUACGCCAGGCUUCCCGUCGCUCCUCACAACAAGCCACUCCUGCUGUCGAGUCUCCUUCUGAUGGGGAUUCGGGUUCGGACGCUUAUGGCGGUCGACGUGGCAAGCUUACCAAGAAGCAGAAGCAACGGUUCCUGUCAGCCAAUAACCUUGCUCCAUCCCACGCCGAGGUGCGCUUUUCCACCCGCCGCUCUGGCAAAGUCAGCAACUACAAUGAAGACGAGGACGAUGACAUGUUCGAUGAAGACGACCCAGAUCAACUGACUCCGGCUUACUGGGUCGAGGAGGAAGACAAUACCCCCGCAAUUGACAUGGUUCUCAAUCACCGCCUUCGCGCCGACGUUACCUCAUCUUCGACCAAAAAGGAAGACUACGAGUUCCUGAUAAAGUGGCAACAAAAGGCAUACUAUCAUGCAACGUGGGAAACCUUUGAAAGUCUGACCAGUGUCAAGAGUCUACGUCGCUUGGACAAUUAUGUUAGGAAAACGCUAAUGACAGAAAUCUACAUCAACAACCAACCCGACAUUUCUCCUGAAGACAAAGAGAAAUGGAUGCUCGAUCGCGAACAGCACGCCGAUGCUCUUGAAGAAUACAAGCAAGUGGAACGUGUCAUUGGCAAGCGCGAUGGCGAGGAUGGACCCGAGUAUUUUGUCAAAUGGCGAUCGCUCUUCUACGAUAUGGCCACUUGGGAACCAGCGACACUCGUCACCGAGAUCGCCCAGAAAGAGAUCGACAAGUAUAUCAAUCGGCUACAGGAAGACUUUAAAUCCAACUCAUCCGAGACCAAGCCGGGAACGCGUGCCACAUACACACCUAUGCGCGAACAACCUCCAUACAUCCAGAAUGGCACAUUGCGUGACUUUCAGCUCACAGGCUUGAAUUUCCUGGCAUACAACUGGGUCAAGAACAAGAACGUCGUUCUCGCUGACGAGAUGGGCCUCGGCAAGACUGUACAGACCGUUUCUUUCCUGAGUUGGCUGCGGCAUGACCGAGGGCAGCAGGGCCCAUUCCUUGUGGUCGUCCCCCUGUCCACAAUGCCUGCUUGGGCCGACACCUUCGAUUUCUGGACGCCCGAUGUCAACUAUGUUGUCUACAAUGGCAACCAGGCGGCUCGGAACAUAAUCAGGGACUUUGAACUUCUCCCCACGGGCAGCUUCAACCAUCCUCGCUUCCAUGUCCUCCUCACCACCUACGAAUAUGUUUUGCAGGAUGCCCAAUUCCUCAGUCAAAUCAAAUGGCAGUUCAUGGCUGUCGAUGAAGCCCAUCGACUGAAGAACAGGGAGUCACAACUCUACGAUCGGCUGAAAGAAUUCCGUGCGCCUGCUCGAUUGCUUAUCACUGGCACACCUGUUCAAAAUAACUUGAGUGAACUGUCGUCACUGUUUGACUUCCUAAGCCCGGGCGUUGUAAACAUUGAUGAGAAUAUGGAUCUUACUACUGAGGAAGCUACUGCCAAAAUCGCGCAGUUAACUGAAGAUAUCAAGCCAUACAUGCUUCGACGGACUAAGCAGAAGGUGGAGAAAGAUCUGCCACCCAAGACCGAAAAGAUCAUCCGUGUUGAACUAUCGGACAUUCAACUCGAGUACUACAAAAACAUUCUCACCAAGAACUACGCUGCCCUCAACCAGGGCACCAAGGGCCAAAAGCAAUCGUUGCUGAACAUUAUGAUGGAGCUGAAGAAAGCCAGCAACCAUCCCUUCAUGUUCCCGUCCGCCGAGGAUCGUCUGGUCCCUCAGGGUGCUCGGCGUGACGAGGUUCUCCGAGCUCUCAUCACCAGCAGCGGCAAGCUGAUGCUGCUCGAUCAACUACUGGGGAAAUUGAAGCGCGACGGUCAUCGUGUUCUGAUCUUCAGUCAGAUGGUAAAGAUGCUUGACAUUCUCGGUGACUACAUGGAUUACCGGGGCCACGCUUAUCAGCGGCUUGAUGGCACCAUCGCUGCUGCACCGCGCCGCAUGGCUAUCGAUCACUUCAACGCACCAGACAGCACUGAUUUCUGCUUUUUGCUGUCAACGCGGGCUGGUGGUCUUGGCAUCAACCUGAUGACUGCCGAUACGGUGAUAAUUUUUGAUAGUGACUGGAAUCCCCAGGCGGAUUUGCAGGCGAUGGCCCGCGCUCACCGCAUCGGUCAAACCAAACCUGUCAGUGUUUAUCGCUUGCUGUCAAAGGAGACUAUUGAAGAAGAAAUUCUGGAGCGCGCUCGAAACAAGCUUAUGCUCGAGUUCUUGACCAUUCAGCGAGGUGUUACUGAUAAAGAGACGCAAGCGCGCCGCAACGCUCUGGUUGGCGAACCCGGCUCCACCUCCGAGAUCUCUCGCAUCCUCAAGAAACGCGGCCAGAAGAUGUUUGAGCAGACCGACAACCAGAAAAAGCUCGAAGAACUUGAUCUUGACUCUGUUCUUGAGAAAGCCGAGGACUACAAGGUCGAACAACCCGACGGUACGGAAGCCGACGGUGGCGAGGAAUUCUUGCGGAGCUUCGACUUUGUUGACGUCAAAGUCGACGAAAUGUCCUGGGACGACAUUAUCCCCAAAGAGCAACUCGAAGAGAUCAAGAAAGAAGAAGAACGCAAAGCCAACGAGAAGUAUCUGGCUGAGGUUAUCGAGCAGAACAAACCUCGUGUGCGAAACCAGCCGGGCGAUGACCGAACUGCGCGCCAGGCACGACGCGUUGAGCAGCGCCAGAAUGUUGCAGACUCCGAAAGCGACGAAGAAUCGAACACAGGGGCCGACCCUUCACGUCCUCUCAGCGAGCGUGAAUACAGAUAUCUGAUGAAAGGCCAUCUACGCUAUGGUUCAAUCGAUGACCGCACCGAAGAAUUUCUGGCCGAGGCUAGAUUGCGCGGUCGUGACAUGGGGGUUGUGAAGGCUGCGAUGCAGGAGAUCGUGGAUAGGGCCACCUUCCUCUACAAGCAAGAGCAACAACGGAUGAUCGACCUUGAGCGGACAUCGAACAAGCCAAUCACCAAGAAAGACCGCAAGGCUGUACUGUUCGAGCUGCAUGGCGUCAAGCGUAUUAACGCAGAGACUAUACUGGAACGGCCGAGCGAGAUGCGACUGCUGCGAGAGGUGAUUCCUUCGGAUCCCGAGAAGCAACUUAGUUUCCGCAUUCCGGAAGCGACCAAAAGUGCAGGAUACAGCUGCGACUGGGGCGCUCGUGAAGAUGGUAUGCUCUGUGUCGGGAUCCUUCGACAUGGGUACGGUGCUUGGGAGAGGAUCCGGGACGAUGACGAACUACACCUUGCGGAAAAGUUCUUCCUCGAGGAGCACCGCGUCGAUAAGAAGGCAGAGCGUGAGCACUCUGAGCAAAAGAACGCCAAAUCUCCCGGUGCUGUCCAUCUGGUCCGCCGCGCUGACUAUCUCUUAUCGGUGCUGAAGAGCCAGCACACCGAUGACCCGGCAAUUAAGCGCGCGGUUGAGAACCACCACCGCAACAACAAGAAGGCGGGCCAGUCCAUUGAUCUCAAGGGUGGUGCAGGAUCUCCGAUCACGGCCACACAUCGCAAGGCACAUCGUGACUCUGAUAAACACCGUCCACGAACGACCAGUGCUGGGCAUCGUGAUAGCAUGGAACGACAUGGUACUCCGAAGUCCGAUCCGCGGUAUCACGGGCGUGAAAGCGAGGCUCGUGAGCGUGAUCAUAAGAAACAUCGGCCUCACCUAGACCAGUCACACCAUCGUCACUCCAGCGAUCACCGUCGCUCAGAACCUGCAACGAAUGGGUCUUCGGCUGAGACCGAUGCAAUCAUGACUCUGGUGUUCAAGCCUGUACGCGACUCGCUGAAGAAGAUCAAGGCGACGACCAAGAGCGCCAUUCCCGAUGGGCAGCAGAGAGCGUCGGAGCUUCGUGGACUGUUGACCAAGAUCGGUGACUUCAUCGCCGAACAAAUCAGUGACCUCGAGGACAAUCAGGAUUCAAUGGAGAAACGAUUUUGGGACUAUGCUGCGACCUACUGGCCUAACAAAGGCAUCCGUGGCAGUGAGCUUCAGACGAUUCACGCCAAGAUUGUUGCGUCGGACAAGACUCUCGCAGGUGAGGCUUCGCCCGACAACGAAGUCAACAACGUCGAUCAUCGGACCAAUGGCUCGUAUAAUACAUCGCCGCCUCACUAG